AUUGAUCAUGUCACAUAUGGUCCUUGGGAACUCUGAGUUUUUGUGCUUUGUGUUUGUUCUCUUCUCGUUUCUCUCCCCACCCCUCUCUCUCUUUCUCUCGCUUUGUGGGUUUCCUCUCUAUUUAAAUUCUUCUUCUCCUCUUCUCCAUAUAUACCCACAAAACCAUACCAAUAUAUAGAUUCUCUCCAAUUAAUGCAAACACUACCAAUAUUGCUUUGCUAGAGAUAAUCAGCAACAAUGGGUCAGUUCACAAUCAUCGCACUGCUUUGCAUCUGCCUCUCUUUGUCACUGAAUACUUCUCGUGCUCGUCAAGAAAUUCCAUCGCAACCCGAACAAGGUCAAGAGCUGUUGAUUCCUAGAAUGCCAAGGAGGCUCAAAAUGUCUGAGGAGGUUGCUGUUGUUGUCGUAAAAGGGCAUGCAACUGAAGACUUCAAACCUCAAAAGAAUCAGAAGGAAGAUAAUUCAGGCAACCAGAUCCAGAGAGAAGAUAAGAUUAUGAAGCAAGAGUAUCGAGCGAAGAAGGGGGCCGACACUUCGCAUUUCUUUACGAUGGACUAUGCCCCAGUGCAUAGAAGACGGCCCAUUCACAACAAGUCCUUGCCGGUUGGUCCAUGAAACAUGCCAAAUCAAAGCAAAGCAAAAGCUCUCUAGCUUGUUUUUGGGGUUGGGGUUGGACGACACAAAAAAAGUUUUGCUCGGUGUGUGAUUAAUCAAACACCACCUGAUGUAAUUAACUUAAUUAACUAAUUACUUAUAUAUUAAGCAAACCAAAACGAGGAAAACUGUCGUCGUGUCUUGUAGUUGAUUAAUUAGUCUUUAGGACAAGUUUUGUGGCCGACAUGUUGGAGCAACACCCUAAAUAUUUGGUAGUUUUGUUUAUAUGCUUAGCUUUUACAUCUGUCUCUUUUCUCUUUCUGUUCUCGGUUUCAUGGGACUAAUGAAAAUUUUAAAUUUGGUCAAA